AUGGUGUUGCGCUGUGUGGUGGUUGACUGCGGUGGAGUCACCCAUCCCGACUCGGGUCUGAAGGAGGCAGUUCGUCGUCGAGUGCCUUCGGAAAUCUCAGACGAUGCUGCAAAGGCUGCCAAAGCAGCUUGGAAUGCUGUCAAGGAGAACCCAGCAGUCACGAAGGACACCUUCUGGCAGAUGGUUUGUGAAUCAAGCGGUCUGGACCCGUCUUCCGCAAAAGAAGCUGAUGCUGACAUAUGUGGCACCCUGCGAAGAUCCACGGCUGCAGCAAAUACGCCUGUGUGUUUGUGUUGUCACUAUUCCGAGACGUUGGAGGUGUUGAAAAAUGCCCGCGAUCAGGGCAUCGUGCUCGGCGUCAUUUCGAACCACUUGGGCUUCUGGUUUCAUGAGGAGUGCGCGACUCCUUGUGGGCUUCGAGACCUAGUCUCUCCAGAGCUCGUCCUGGUGAGUUCCGAGGUGGGCUGUUCCAAGCCUGGCAAUCGGAUCUUCGAGCUUUUCCUGGAGCGUUUGCACGCACAGCAUCCAGGGUUGACGGCGGCUGAUUGUAUCUUUGUGGACGACAAGGUGGACAACGUGACGGCCGCACAGGCCCUGGGGUUUCAGGGCCUUUGCUUCAAUGCCAAAACCGCUGCGCCUGGAGCCUUGGCAGAGGAGCACUCAGAGCUGUCAGAAUUCAGUGUGGGUUCUGGCACCUCUCCAAAUGGUCAGGCAAUGAUGUCUGGCGACUGGGUUUGUCCCAACUGCCAAGACCUUGUCUUUGCAAGGAACAGUCACUGUCGGCGAUGCAGUACACCCAGGCCGGAGCAGCCUUUCGUCCCACCAGGCUUCCCUGGCUACCCUGGCUACCCCGGCUACUCCGGAUACUUCCCGUGGUGGGGUUAUCCGCCACCGCUCAUGAAGAGGGACAGCAGCAGUUCCGACAGCGACUCUUCUGAGGAUUCCACAUCCGACUCGAGCGAGGAGGAUGCAAGGAAAGCAGCAGCUUCAAAAGCGCGGCUGAAGGCGCGCGAGAAGGUCGAGGAGGAGCGAGCGGAGCGAAGAGCCAAGGAAUUGAGAAGGAAGGGCAAGAAACAACAGGCCUCGUCCGACAGCAAGGAGCAAGACAGCGAAACAGCAAAGAAGAAACUCAAGAGGAAAGCCAAGGAGGACAGCGAUAGCGACAAGGAUGAAGACGGUAAAGCCAAUGCAGAAGGACAACCAGAAAAGCCAAAAAAUAACAGAAAAGACAAGAAGAAGGAGAAGGAGAAGGAUAAAGAGAAGGAGAAGGAGAAAGAGAAGAAAGAGAAGAAGGAGAAGAAGGAGAAGGAGAAGGAGAAGGUGCCUUCUAAAAGCCACGGCAAAACGAAGCAAGAGCACGAAAAAAAGGUAAAGAAAGAGAAGCAGAAAAAGCGGAAGCAAGGGGCAAGCGACGACAGUGACGAGGAGAAGUCGGCAAGCGAGGUGUCCAGCCCAAAGUCGGAUGGGCAGAAGCGAAGAGCCGAAAAGAAAGGGAAGGCGAAGAAGGAGAGAAAAGAGAAGAGCCAGAUGAAGGCCAAGAGCAAGACGAAAGACGUGGCAGAUGGCGAGGAGAGUUCCAAAGAGCACGACAAGGCCAAGAAGCAGAAGCGGAAAACGGAGAGUGAAGAAGGAAGCAAAGAGAAAUCAAGCCAGAGCAGCCCAGAGAGCCGGGGCAACAAAAAGAAAAGGAGGAAAGCCAGCUCCGAUGAAUCUUAA